AACAACGCCUUAAGGAAUUAAUUAAAAAUUAUGAAACAAGAGAAGAUUGUUAUAAUGAAAUCGCUCUCACAUUAUUUGAGCGCCUUAUUAAUACUAAAUUUUGGAUGUCAACAUAUAUGGAAAACUAUCUUUAUGCUAUUUAUUAUUGGUCACUUUCUAAAUCUAAUGUUAAACUAUCGGUGAUAAAAAAUACCGAACAACACAAAAAAGAUUACCAUACAAUUUACGACGAAUUAGAAAGUAUUUACAGUAAAUUUCGAGGGUCAACGCAACCUUCAAAGUAUAUCAUUCAGCUUGACGGAAAAUGUACUAAAAAAUUUAAGAAUGAUAGAUUCGUUACAUUUGAGAUUUCAUUGGACCAUGAAAAAUUAUUGACAACCCAGCAUGUACGACUUCAUGAAAUUAAAGUAUUCUUGAAUAAAGUUGGAAAUGAAGGCGAUGAAAUAUUUCUCUAUAUUAGCAACACAGGCGAAUUUGCUGAUAAAUUUGAAAAUGAAAAAUAUUUUUUUAAAUCUGAACCUACAAGAAAUAAGGUGUUUAGAUAUAACGUUUCAGGUGAAAUAUUAACACACGCAUUAUUUGAUGAUUCAGAUGUUUAUUUUGUUCCAACACCGUUUAGUCAAUGGACAAUUAGACUAGAGAAAAAUUGUAAACCUGACUUAUCUGAGCUGGAGUCAAUCACAAUUGAAUUAGAU